AUGUGGUUCGUGCUGUGGCCCGUGGCGGCGGUCGUGGGCGCGUCGUGCGCGUGCGUCGGCCACGUUGUGUACACCAACAAGCUCCUGCGGCGCCAGCUGCGCGUCUUCCGCGUCGCGCUGCGCGUGUUCCUCGACUACAAGUUGACGCAGUACUACCUGACGUACGUGUGUGGCGCGCUGCUGCGCCAGCGCGUGGACGAUGCAUCGCCACGCUCCAUCACCACGUGGCAGCGGGCGCACACGCGGUGUGCGCGCAGCGUGUACGCAGCGAUGGUGCAGCUGGAGGGGCUGUGGGUGAAGGUGGGCCAGUACCUCUCCACGCGUGCCGACGUCAUGCCUCCGCCCUACCUCGACCUGCUGCGCCUGCUGCAGGACACUCUGCCGCCCAGGGAUAUGUCCGAGGUACUGGGCACCAUAGAAGAGCAGUUGGGCAGCCCUCCCUCAGAGGCCUUUUCAUCCUUCGACCAUCAACCGCUCGCCACCGCCUCUAUAGCGCAGGUGCACCGUGCAGUGCUGGCGAGUGGGCAGCAGGUGGUGGUGAAGGUGCAGCACGCGGGCAUCAAAGAGAAGAUCCUGCAGGACUUCAGGAACCUGACGACGAUAGUGGAGUGGCUGGCGUGGGCGGAGCCGGAGUAUGAUUUCAAGCCCGUGGUGGGCGAGUGGGUCAAGGAGGUGCUCAAGGAGCUCGACUUCCGCCUCGAAGCAGCCAACCUGGAGCGCGUGGCGCGCAACUUCCAGCAGCACGAACUGGCGGGCGGGAGUGGGGGGGAGGGGAGCAGCGGGAGCAGCGGUGCCCUGACAGUGGAGGCGAGUGUGCCGGCGGUGGUGCGCGCCACAGAGCGCGUGCUGGUGAUGGAGUUCGUGCAGGGCGUGCGGCUGAGCGACCUGCCUGCGCUGGACGCCAUGCACGUGGACCGGCAGGUGCUGCUCAACCGCAUUGCGCGCGCGUACGCGCACCAGAUCUACGUGGGGGGGUUCUUCAACGCUGACCCGCACCCAGGCAACUUCUUGGUGAGCGACCAGCCGCCGCACCUGCCAGUGCUGCUGGACUUCGGGCUCACCAAGGCCGUCGACCAUGCCAAACGCGUUGCCCUCGCCAAGAUGCUGCUCGCUGCCGCUGAGGGUGACGUGGCGAUGCUACUGAGUGCGUUCAGUGAGAUGGGGUUGAAGCUGCGCGUGGACCUGCCAGAGGACGCCAUGGCCGUCACUGCCUUCUUCUUCCGCACUGCUGCCCCCGCGCCCGAGGCCAAGGCGGAGGUGGCGCGCAUGAGGGAGCAGUUCAAGUCGCGCGCCAAGGAGCUGGAGCAGCAGGCCAAGGCCGCGGGGGACGACGCUGCUGUUCGCCGCAACCCGGUGGACGCGUUCCCCGGGGAACUCAUGUUCUUCUCCCGUGUGCUUGCCCUGCUCCGAGGCUUAUCAGCGACGUUGGACGUGCACCUCUCCUACAUCGACAUCAUGCGCCCCUUUGCUGAAGCCGUGCUCUGCGCCGACCACCUGAUAGGGCCGCAGCGCCUGCUGUCCCCGUCCCCUGACUGGGUGCGCGGGGUGUGCUCAUCCCCCGCGCUGCAUCGCAAGCUCUGUGCGCUGCUCGCCCAGCUGCUGCAGCAGGGCCGCCUCGUGGGCGUGCAGGUGUGUGCGUACAUGGGCGGCGAGGUGGUGGUGGACGUGGCAGCGGGGUUCCUGGGGCGCUACGACCCGCGGGCAGUGCAGCACGACUCACUCUUCUCUGUCUUCUCCGCCACCAAGGGCGUCACCUCCGGCAUCAUGCACUGGCUCGCUGACAACCGGCGCGUGCAGCUGGAGGGGCGAGUGGCGGACAUCUGGCCGGGCUUUGAUGGCAAGGGCAAGCACCAAGUCACUGUAGCAGAUGUGUUGACACACCGCGCAGGGCUGCCCAACGCCAUGUCCACCAAGCUCAUGCUCGACCCCAUGCUCAUGUGCCGGUGGCAGGAGAUGCUAUCGCACCUGGCAGCGGAGGCACCGGAGUCCCCCCCGGGCACGGUGGAGGAGUACCACUACCUCUCCUUCGGCUGGCUCGCAGGCGGUAUCAUUGAGGCGGCAGCAGGGCAGUCGUUCCAGGCGGUGCUGGACGCAGUACUGGCCAGGCCCCUGGGCGUGCGCGGGGAGUUCUACGUUGGCAUCCCUGCAG